ACACUAGCUAGGUAACACAGAGAAUUUAUAGAAUUGAUAGUAUAAUUAAGAUGGAGCACUUGGAGGAAGAUGAAGUAGUAGUACUGGAGCCAGUGAGCCCUACUGCUCAGUACUUCACUAGCUCUGUCCUGUCCGUAUCAAAUAUUGGCGUUAUGGAACUCGAAAAUCCACUGAGUGAGUCUCAAGCAAUCUCAUUACUUAAGACUCUCUUCCUCCCCAUCAGCCCGCGCUUCUCCUCUAUUGUGGUUGAAAUCAAUGGAAAGAAACGGUGGAAAAGGGUUGAAGUGAAGCUUGAAGAGCACAUUAGCGUCCCUAUUAUUCCUUCUAACUUAUCAACUGAAUCAUAUGAAAAGUAUCUUGAUGGCUACAUAUCAAAGCUAGCACUAGAAAGAUUGUCACAAGACAAACCCUUAUGGGAACUUCAUAUCCUCAAUUACCCAACAAGAAAUAAUAACGCUGCUUGCAACCUUAUAUUCAAGCUCCAUCACGCCCUCGGUGAUGGCUUCUCUCUCAUGAGUGCCAUUCUUUCUUGUCUACGGAGAGCCGACAACCCUUCUCUUCCCCUAACAUUUCCUUCAAGGCAGAGGUCACAGCAAAUGAGUGAUGAAAGCUUUUUGUCUAGAACUAUCUCAUCAGUCUUCAACACUCUUUCAGAUAUUUGGAGGAGCACCGUGGGGGAAGAUGAUAUAUCACCAAUUAGGUCUGGCAAUGGAAUUGAGUUUCAGCCCAUUACAGUGGCAACUAUGACUUUCUCUCUUGAUCAAAUCAAAUCAAUCAAGAGUAAGCUUGGAGUGACGGUAAACGAUGUUCUUGCUGGUAUGAUCUUCCUUGGCACUCGACUAUACAUGCAAGAGAUAAACAGAAGUUCAAGCAAAGCAAGAGGCACGGCAGUGGUACUGCUGAACACGAGAAUGAUGGGGAAGUAUACUUCAAUCCAGGAGAUGAUGAAACCCGACAGCAAGAUGCCAUGGGGGAAUCAUUUUACGUUCUUGCAUGUACCAAUCCCCAAUUUAUCAUUACCCGAAGAUCACGAUCAUGAUUUUCCCGCUGAUCAAUAUUCAAAUGCCCUUGACUUUGUCUGGGAAGCACAAAAAAUAAUCACUAGGAAGAGAAGUUCUUUAGCUAUUUAUCUCACUUGUAGGUUCUUGGAGUUCCUAAACAAAUUUGGAGGCCAUGAGGCAGCAGCCAGAUACAUCCACAGCACACUGAAGAACACGAGCAUGAUGAUCUCAAAUUUGAUUGGCCCUGUGGAACAAAUGGCUUUAGCUAAUAAUCCAGUUAAAGGAAUGUACUUUCUGGUGUUUGGUUCACCUGAGGGGCUUGACGUAACAAUAGUAAGUUAUAUGGGAAAGGUGAGGGUUGCCUUCAAAAUGGAAAAGGGCCUCAUUGAACCACAAAAGUUCAAGUCAUGCAUGCAAAAUGCAUUUGAGAUGAUACGCAAAGCCUCCGACGAAUAUCCUAUUCCUACGCAGAAAAACUCAAAAACAAUAAAACAUCUUUAAUUUUGUGGCAUUUUCAGUUGCACAGAUUAAUUUGCAAUAUCUGUUUAAGGAAC